AUGUUAAAAGAGAAUAAUAUUAUUCAUAUUUAUUUAUCUCGAUUAGGCAUUGCUUUCAAAUACAACUGUGAUAAUAAAAUAAUAACUUCUCGUGAAUAUUCUGAUAUGUACAUCGACGAAGAUCAAUGGUUCGGAACAUUGACAGGUUUAAAAUCAGGUCUUCUUCUUUCACCAAUUGCAAUUAUCAAGCAAAAUAAUAGUCACUAUCUAUGUCGAAAAUUAAUCGUUCCUUUUGGACAAGUUCAAGCAAUCAAGAAAUCGAAUGAGGAUCAUCAAACUGUGAAUAUAGAACGAAAAUCAUCAUCAACAUCAUUUAUUCAUGAAUAUUUUGUUUUCAUUUUGAAUGAUCGAUUACGUAUUCUUCAACCAACUGAUAGUCCAGCAGGUUGGCUCUAUUUAGCAUUGUUACAUGCAAUGACAUCACAUCCUUUACCAGACCAAUAUAUGGGAAUGACUGGCAUGGAACGUUGUUUUCAACUGUUGCAUUCUGCAGGCUGUUGGUCUACUCAACCCUAUGAUUCAAUUACACGAAAUAUUCUUCUUCAAAUUGCAACUAUUUCACCAAAACGUAAUUCGAAUUAUUUUAUUAAAUCAAAAACGUGUAUUCCAAUAACAAAUGAACAAAAAGAAUUUCCAAAAGAAAUUUUUCCUUCUACUGAUUCUCAAAUUAAUCCUCUCAGUGAUAUUACAAAUUACUUUAAGAAACAUUUAACUGAAAGUUGGAAGAAAUUUAAUUUGACUGAAGAAUAUGAAACAGAGUUUCCAUCCAUGGAAGAAAUCAAUCAAUUUCUUGAUUCUUUUCGUCAAGAAUCCAUACAAUUGUGGAGCGAAUUAGUAAAUUCCAUCACACUAACAAAUGAUUUUCUCGUCAAAAUGGGUUUAGUAUCUCGAAUUGUACCAACAAUUUUGAUAUCUGUUCUUCAACAAAUGUGGUUAAAUGAUAAUGAAUCAAAUGUAUUAUUCUUGCAUUUGACAUUUGAACAGCGUACACUACUUGGUGGAAUCAUAGUUAACUGGAUUGUAGAACAGCAGCUCGAGAGAGCUUUACAUUUUGCUAA